AUGAGCAGCUCUAGCGAUAAGCAACGGCGCAGACGGCGGCACAGACCAUCGCCCCACAGCUCUGAAACAUGGAAAUCAACAGUGCAGAAAGUGGGGCUCGAGGUCUUGGGAGACAUUAGAGCCUCCAGCCCCACUUUGAGAGCCUUCAGGGAGAAUGGCAUAAGAUUACGAGAGAGCUACGAUGCACUAAGACGGUCGCUGCAGCGAGCACACAAGCAAAACGCACCCCAGAGAUUACAGCACGGUCAACCAGCAAUCUCCACCGACGUCAACCGGCUGCUGAAGGACAUUGGCAGCAGGAAGGAGUCGAAUCUGUACGCCGCGGGGGCCCUGGUCUUCGGUUUUGGGCUGUUCGUUGCUGGGGCAGCACCAUUCCUACUACCAGCUUGCUAUCUGAUCUUCGCUGCUGUCUGCUUCCCCUGGCGAGUGUACACCUUCACCAAGCGCAAAUGGGGGUUUUUCCUCUUGGACUUCUGCUAUUGGGGAAAUCUUGCCACUGUUGCCUUCCUGCUGUUCGCACCCCACAACCAUCAACUUGGAGCUGCAGUAUAUGCUCUGGCGGAUGGGCCACUGGCUGCCGCACUGAUUGCCUGGCAGAGCGCAUGGGUAUUUGGAUCAACGGAGCAUUCCAUCAGUGUCCUUAUACACCUGCUUCCAGGCCUGGCACUCUUUGCGCACCGGUACGCACCGGUGCCAGAGUCGCUGCUGAGUGUCUGGCGGCGCGUGGUUGGUGGUGAGCAGUCAGUGGCGGUAGCAGAGCCUGCUGGCAUCUUCUGGAUCUUUGGAGCGCCUUUGGUGUUCUAUGUGAUCUGGCAAUUGAUGUAUUUCAUCAUUGUACAGGUGAUGUGCAGACAGAUCAUCCAGAAGCAUGGAUAUGACACGAGCUACAAUGCCUUGGCGAGGAGGGCAGCCAAGAGCAACAAUGUGUGGAACAGACUGGUCAGGAAAGGCAGCAUAGCAAGGAGGGUGUGCAUGUAUGGCCUUGUUCAGGCGGUCUUCACCAUCACUGUGCUGAUCAUGUUCAUUCCUGUAUAUUACAACUUCUACCUGUCCUUUGCGUGGCAGGUCAUGAAGGUAGUGUUUCCUGUAUACUAUGGCGCUCAGUAUCAGUGUGAGAAGGUACCAAAGCACGCAGUGCUCAAGGCCUUGCGAGCUCAGCGGGCACAGGCUGACGCAACAAAAGCAGCUGUGUCCAGCCAAAUAGAGCGUUCAAACUGA